AUGGAGAGUGAUUUUAGGAAUUGUAAUGCAGAUGUUAUUGAGGAGAUUCUUACGAAGAAACCUGUUUCCAGAGAGUGUUGUAUGAAGGUAGUAAAAGCUGGAAAAAAAUGCUACAUGGAGAUUAGAAAGGUGAUGUUUCAAUUUUAUCAACUCAAACGCUUCGCUUCUCAAGUUUCUUUCAGAACUAACGAG